AUGUCCUUCUUGGCUGUGUUCCCUUUAGUUAGUUCCAAGUUGCCGUCCUCAAUUAGACCCUGUUCCCGCGAUGAUCCCCACUUGGAGCGCUGCAUCAUCGACGCUGUCUACAAAAUCAGGCCACUGCUGGUCCACGGAGAUCUGGGAGAUGGCUACAAAACACCGCCCCUGGAGCCGUUGGCUCUCGACGACAUCGAACUGGGCAGGAGCAGCCAGUUCCAAGCCGUAUUCCAGAAUCUCGAAGCCCUGGGCGGCAACUUCAGGGGCACAUACUCGCUGAACCUCAACCUGCUGCUCUUGGAUAUCAAAGGAAGGGGGAACAUGCAGGGCUACUGCGAGAACGCGAAGGCCUCGGUGAAGAUGCGCGGCACUCGGUACCAGCGAAACGGACAGGACUUUGCGAAGUUCACCAAGAUGACCAUGCGGAUUCAGUUUAAGGACUUUAAACUUAACCUCGAGAACCUCUUCAACGGUGACCGGAUUCUGGGCGACGUGGGCAACCGUCUCAUCAACAACAACCAGGACCUGUAUCUGAACGAGAUAGUACCGGGCCUGGAGCGCGGUCUCUCCAAGAAGUUCUUGGACGUGGCGAAUGAAAUCCUGGCUACGGCCACCUUCGAUGAAAUGUUCCCGCCGGGGAAAACUAUAAUCAACCCCAUAUCGUUUCCCUCGCCGUCCCCUCCGUCUGACCUGGGUCCAUCCAUAUUCGAGACUCCUUUCGCAUCCAGAAAUCCGGAAGGAAGUAUCUUAGCUCAACUGCCACCUAGAAACUACCACAAAACCUAGAUUACGGAUUAAAUGUUGUUUAAAAU